ACUAAUUUGAGUACAAAAAGAGGAAGGCCAACCACAGCAGUGUUUCCAUCCUAACAAGCCAAACCCAAUUUUUUUUUGAGGAAAAGGAAGAUUUCUUUUUCCUCGCUGAGAGGUAACUUCACACCAUCGCCUCUUUCCUUUAACUUGGUGAGCUGAAAGCUCGGGGUCUCCAGUCACACACACUUUGCUGAAUCAAUCAUGGAUAGUAACAGGACUGCAGAGCAUUCACUGACCGACACGUUACCUGAAAACUUCCUUGGGGGCAUCAUCCUGUCCUUCUCCUUGUCCGUCGGGAUUGGCAUUGUGAUUGGUGCAUUCAUCUGGAUCCUCUUCACCUGCUUGGCCCGCAGGAAGCAGGCUAGCGCUGCCAUCUCACCAGCCAGCAGCCACCGCAACCGGUCCUCGUCACACAACAUCAUGCUCACCAGGACCGGUUUCUACCGCAGCAACAGCUAUGAUAGGCAUGGUGACAGCAACCUCGCCUUGGCCAGCACACUGGCCUUCCAACGGCAGGCCUCCCAGGACCAAGCUGACACCUAUGGGAGGAAAUCCACUUUCAGAGCCUCCACCUUCCACCCUUUUGCAGAAGUACCCUUGGCCGAUGGGAUGGAUGGAAUGCAAUCCUCUUCCGGCUUGCUUGGCACUGACACCUCGUCCACACUCAACUGCAGCCUGGGCUACCAGGAGCAGCACUGGUCAGAGAACCGGCACUAUGAUUGUCACUCGUCUCAGACCCCGCCUCCUGCUUAUGAGUUUGUGGUGGAACCCAGCAAAGAGACUCUCGCAUGAUGUCCUGUUGACCCAAUUGCUUAGGAGCAACUCCAGCCUCAAUGGAUUCACAGUGCUUGUAAUUUAAUACCUUAAUAGUAAUUUAAUACUUAUAUUUUGGGUGGAAACUUACUGACUGUAAAAAAACACACAACACAUGGUAGAGGUGUUCAAACUUAUGAAGUAUCUGAACAGAGUAGAUAGAGAGAAAUUGUUCCCAUUGGCUAAAGGGCCAAGAAUCAAGAUUUAAGGCGAUUGGCAAAAGAUGCAACGGCCACAUGAGGAAAUGAAGAUAGUGGUUAGGAUCUGGAAUGCACUGCCUGAAAGGGUGGUUGAGGCUUUCAAAAUCAUGGCUUUUAGAAAGGAAUUGGAUAAGUACUUGAAGAGAAAAUAUUUAAGAGCUAUGAGGAAUGGGUGAAGGAGUGGGACUAGCUGAGUUGCUCUAACAAAGAGCUGUCAUCAACUCAAUGGGCUGAAAGGCUUCCUUCUAUGUUGCAAACAGUCUAUGAAUCUAUGACAAGUCUCUUAAACCAGGUGAUUCUAAUAUUUGCAGUUACAGGAAACACUUGCAGUACCUUUCACCACCUCAGUAUGUCCCAAAGCACUUCAGCAGCCAAUUUGCACAAAGCAAACUCCCACAAAUAGGAUAAUGAACAAAUAAUCUGGUUUAGUGAUGACCGGGGAGAUUUCUCUAAUCUUUCUUACACACAGCCCCUAUAUUGCACUGUGCGGUCCAUUUCCGAUUGCUAUGAGGAUGUGCACCCAGGCAGCUUAGAAUAAACAUUACUCAGCAGUGCACUGGACGUCAUCAUCAAUUCUGAACAUCCGAAAGAAAUCUAUUGAAUCUAUGGAUGAUGCAAGAUUAAACAUACUUGCAACCUGGUUUUAAUCCAGCUCAAAUUUACUUAAGGAAAGUCUCCCUCUGCUGGUAGUUAGAUUCAAACUGAGACAAGCCUCAAUGCCAUUCCCAAUAGAUGUGUGCUUCCAGCCUACACUGCUUAUACUUGAGCUCUAUGACUGGUGUGGGAAAUGAACGUGUUUGACUGCCACAGUAAAGGGAAUUCUCCUAAACUCUGGAGUUAAGGCAAGUUGUUGGGUAGCAUAUAGCAGGCUUACUCUGCAUCUAAUGCAUAAUUAAAUGGUGGACUCUGUGGACUGGGAUUAAUUUGGAUGGCUCGACCAAAGAGCUAACAUAGGCACAAUGGACCGAAAAGCUUCCUUCUGGGAUGUCAUCACUAUAUAAUCCACCUGACCUGGCAGCAUUCAAUAAAAGGAGCAUUUAAUUAGCACCUAAUCGGUGAUCCGCCUACCCUGACUGUGUUCAGCAGCGCAGUGUAGGGGAGGUUUUACUCUGCAUAUAAUCCAUGUUGUAACCCAUGUUGUAAGGGUUACAACAUGGAUUAUAUUGAUGAUAUGAAUAACAAACAGGAUAUUGGAGGUAGAGUUUCACUCUGUAUCCAAUCCAUGCUGACUGUGGAUGGGUAAUGUUCAUUGCUGUUAUUUGUGAAAAAAACUCCUGCUGCAAGCAUGAACUCUCAAAACCCACCCAAAGUCUGGAGAUAAUAAUAGAAUAUUAGAUUUCUGUCAAACGAUUGAUAAUAACUGGCAAGUUUAAAAGCUCAUGAUGUAUGUUCCUCACCCUCAGGAAAAAGGAUGUAGCAUUUGUGCUCAUUAAAUGCCAUUGAGGUAACCAUUUAAAGUCUGAGAAUCUGUGUCCCUGUCCAUUGGAUUGGGAUCUUGCUGAUUAAUCUAAAACUGCUAAAUUAAAUGGAGGGGUGACAGUGGAUUGGAGAACACACACAAGAUGAGUGAUGCAAAAAUCAUCACACUAUACAAAAUCAAAGGUGAUAGUGGAGACUGCAACAACUACAGAGGCAUCUCACUCCUUCGAGUCACAAGCAAGCCUUUGCUAGGUUCAUACUUAAAAGACUCCAACUACUUGCAGACUGAUGGUACCCAGGAGUACAGUGUGGUUUCCAUUUCUAAGGAUCUAAUGCGAUGUGAUCUUCUUCAUAUGCCAGCUACAAGAGAAGUGUAGGGAACAGGACAUAGCUCUACUUUACCUUCAUAGAUCUCACUAAGACAUUCAGCGUCAGCAGCAGAGCAGGACUCUACAAGAUUUUGGGGAAAAUUGGCUGUCCACCAAAGUCCCUUAGUGUCUUCCUCUCCUUCCAUGGCAACAUUCACUGAACUGUACAGCUUCCGACAGUUUCAGAGUGAAGAAUGAUGUGAAACAGGGCUGUGUCCUAACUCCCACUCUGUUUGGCAUCAUCUUCCACAUGCUCCUGACCUUUGCCUUCCCUGCACACAAGGUCAGAGUGUAAGCUCCACAAUCUAUCAAGACUGAAAGUAAAGACAAAAAACACAUAGCAUCCUGAUCAGAGAACUCCUCUACACUGAUGAUGCUGUGUUAGUCGACCACACAGAAACUCAGCUACUGUCUAUCUGCUGCCUGUAACUUGUUCUCUCUGGCUAGAAGUGUCAAGAAGACUGUGGCAUGGGCAAAGGUACUGAAUUUUCCCCUCGGUCACACUAAAUAACACACCAUUAGAAGUAUUUCGCAGAUUUGGCUACCUCGGGUGCACAAUGAAAGACAAUCUGUCCCUUGAUGCAGAGCUUGAUUCAUGCAUAAGGAAAGCAGCUACCACCUUUGGCCAACUCACAUAAAGCACGUGGAAUAACUUCAAGCUGACCCUUAGGACCGAGCUGGUGGUUUCUAAGGCCUGUGUUCUCAGCACUUUGCUGUCAAGCUGUGAAACAUGGACAACUUACUAUUGAGAAAAGAAGCUCAACAAUUUUCAUCUUUGCUGAUGGCAGUGCAUUAUGGGUAUAUCCUGGCAGGAUGAAAUCACAAAGGCAGUGGUCCUCUUAGGGACAGGGUGCUCACGUUUGCUGACAUAAUCAAACAGAGGCAGCUUCAUAGGCUCAAGCAUAUCACAGGAUGGAAGACAGUCGUGUACCCAAGGACUUUAAUGGUGAGGUAGCUGGAGCCACCAUUAUGGACCAGUUGGGUGCCCAAAGCUUCACUUCAAGAAUGCCUGCAAGUGAGACAUGAAGGCCCCGGACAUCAACUGUUGCAGCUGGAAGUCAUUAGCUGGCGACAGGGUAAAAUGGCAACACCUCCUGUGGGCUUGCGUGCCCCACCAUGAUGACUAAUGGCCACAGCGGCUUGCUAACAGAACUCAACACCAAAAACACAACCCACAAUGACUUUCAGUAACUUCAUGUGUGGCACUUGAGACAGAACCUGCCUCACAAGGAUUAGCUUCUUCAGCCACCAGCUAAGGUGCGUCAUAUGAAGACAUCCCAACUGAAAUGGAUUGUUUGCUGCGUGUCCACCAUCUUUGGUGGGUGGAAGGAUGCCAGAAUGGACAGCAGAUUAUUAGUUCUAUUAAUGACAUCCUCUAAAUCAAUAAUUUAGCCUCAGACAAUCAGUAAAUUGUUUAACAUCUCACCCCAUAAAGGGACCCUGCCAUCAUGAAAAACAAAGAAACUUACAUUUCUGUUUCCACCACCUCAGAUCUUCCCAAAGCACCUAUUCAGUCAAUUAAUGACUUUUGAAUUAAUGACUAUUUAAUUUGCAAAAUUAUUUACAUCCACUCAAGAUAAUGGAUGGAGCCUUGGUUUAAUAUCUCAUCCAAAAGACAGCAUUUCCGACAGUGCAGCACUCCUUCAGUAAUGCACUGAAACUGAUUACAGAGAAGUCAUUAAGAUAUAUGAUCUCCCUGGUUCAUUUUCCUUCAUGAACAGAAGAUAGUCCCAUUUCAUAUAGGAGGUCCUGAAGAUAGGUUUCACCACAAGUUUUGUGCUUUCCAGAAACAAUUCACUGCAGCUAUGCAAAAAUUGGUUUUUGAGGUUGUUGAGGACAUCUUGGAAUUGUGACUUGCUUGUGAACAAAGACAAACAUUUGUGUAAAUACCUUUCAAUUAAUCUUAACUCAGAAAUUACUGUGUGGAGGAUCUCCAAUUGUAUCAAAUUCUUGUCCAUUAUUUUCAAACAAGCAUUAGCCUGUUUAUUUUAAUCAGUUUAAAUAAACUAUCAACUUUGGUAAAAUAGCAGAUAAAGGGAAAUCAAUACAAAAUGCAUUCAGUAUUUGUGUAAUAAUAUUGUGCACAAUAAUACCAAACAGGUGAAAAUAUAUUCCACCUUGUUGUCACUGAGUCCUUACAACUGUAUAAGGGGAGAUAAUUGCAUACCUUUUGCUGUCCCUUAUUACAUUGCUUUUAAUGCCCCAGGAAGGACUGCAUGGUGUCAUCAGGGGAAUAGUGUUAUCACUGUAAUAUUAACCAUAAGCUACAAAAUACAAGCAUUUAAUACAUCUUUGCUUGAAAAUAGUUCUGCUUGAACACAUUUUAGUUCAGUGGAGUUGAAGUUUGCAGCAUUUUCUUUUUGUCCACCAGUAUUUUAAGCAAUGCUUCUUUAUGUUGCAUUUGUUCUAAUCAUUAAAAAGGUAGAAAACA